AUGACAGACCUGCACCGACAUCUGCAGGACAACAGAUCAGCAUACUCGCUCGCGACACCUGCCCAGUAUGGUACGACAACACCCACCGGCCCCUCGAGCAAGCGCAUCCUCUUCAAUGCUACGCUCAAGAUGGCGGCUAUCUUCGUCGUCAGCACGCUGUUUCUCGGAGGAACACUGUGGCUUGCACUGCCAACUCUGGACGAGGAGGACCGCCCGGACCUCCGCAUCCCAAAGUCGUUCGCCCAGCUGCAGGCACUGAACACCCUGCUUAAGAAGUACCGCGACAUCUACCCCUACCGCAUUGUUGUCUGUUACGUAACGACCUACCUAUUCCUGCAAGCGUUCUCGCUCCCCGGGUCAAUGUACCUAUCCAUCCUGGGCGGCGCUGUGUGGGGCGUGCCGCGGGCGAUCCUGCUGGCGUGCACAUGCGUAGCGUGUGGCGCGACGCUCUGCUACCUGAUCAGCGCGGCGCUCGGGCCCGCGCUUCUCACCAUGCCGAAGUACAGGGCGCGGGCGGACGUGUGGUCGGAGAAGAUCAGCGCACAGCGCGAGAACCUCAUCUCGUACCUCAUCGUGCUCCGGAUCGCGCCGCUGCCGCCGCACUGGGUCGUGAACGUGCUCUGCCCGCACCUCGGGAUCGGGAUCGCGCCGUUCUGGGUGAGCACGUGGCUGGGCAUCCUCGGGGUGACCGUCAUCCACACGACGAUCGGCGGGAGCCUGGACGAGAUGACGUCCGCGGACGACUUCCACCUCAUCUCGUGGAAGAACUUCUUCAUGCUCGCGGCGGUCGUCGUGGGCGUGAUGAUCCCCGUCGGGCUGCGGUACUUCUUUAAGCGCGAGCUCGCGACCGUCGUCGACGUCGAGGCGGACGCGGAGAGCAUCGCGGAGCAGUACCGCGACGACGCGAGCGACGUCAUUCUCGAGCAGGGUCCCACCGUGGGCGCCGGCAAGGGCAAGGACACGAAGCUCAUUAGCCUCGACGACGAGGACGACUUCUCGGACAGCGAUCCGGACGAGGACAUCAUUCUCGAGGCGGGGCCCGCGCUCGUGGUCAAGGCGGACGAGCCUGCAGAGCCAGCCCGCCGGGAAUGGCGGCGAGAGGACCUUCUCUGA